UGCGCUCUCGGAACGCACAGAGAGGGCGCGCACUGUUGCGCGUCUGGAAAUCUCUGUUACAGCCUUUGCAGACACUGCAUAGACUAUACGUGAGUCACACCCAUAUAACCGUGGUGUAGGUUUUUAUUAUUUGAUGUAUUUAUGCAUUCAUAAUUUAACGUGUCGAGAUACGUUCACGGAAAAUUUGGGGAAUAAAACGAUGAGGAAUAUGAUCAUAUACGUUCAUCAAAACAAUAUUAUCUUCAAGUAGCAUGGUGUUAAUGACUUUUUGAAUGCUCGUUGAAUGGGACUCGUAUUAUAUUGUAUCAUCAUCCCUAAUGGUUACGGGUAUUGAAGCUAUUAUAAAAAACUAUAAUUCCGAGCUGAGUCAUUCAUCUUUACAAGGUGGUCAAUGCUGUUUCAUUCAGCUGCAACUAGGCAGGUGGGCGCACACAGUUGGGACGAGUCUGAUCUUUACCCAACUUUUGGCUAUAGUAUUGCGUACAUUAAAUACAGAGCGACUUAUAACCUUAGUGGAAAUUGCAUGAUAAAUGGUAAAAUUGUGGGUCCGUUUCUGAUAAUUCUAGGAGAGGCUUGGAAUUGGAAGAACCUAGCGGCAGUCCGACCCAAACAAAGCCACUGAGCCUGAAUGAGGCGGGCCGUUCUUUGUCAAGGCAUAUCGAGGCAUAUGCUUCUGCGGAGACACCUAAUCCCUGGCUCGAUGUGACAGCGCUGACCAGCGUUAAUUUGAUUUUGAGCAUCCCAUGGCCUUUAAUGAAUUUUAGUAGCUCGGGACGUCUUGAGAAACCAUGGGAACCAGCCGAUCGACAGGUAAGAAAAAGAAAUGUAUUAGAACUUAAUGUGCUGCACUGUACACCAGGCAAAUAGGUUUCGACUAAUGUCCUCGUUGAUAGUUUACACACGUACGACUGCAUCGUUUGCCCUAGUAUGAAUGACGACUGUCUUAAAAGCAAAAUAUUCUGAAGGAUUAUGCAGCGUAGAUUUGUUUUUUUCAUCAUACUUAAAACGGCAAACUAUGCACUUAAAGCAUGCAGUUUACGUGUGAGAACUGUCAAACCGGACAUAGCAUAUGUAUUUAUGCAUAUGAUAUUUAUAUCCUGUUUGCCUGUUGCGCGUGAUAAAUGCAGAACAAUCGUUGCUAAUCGACGUUGCUAUAGACAUAUAAUUCCAAUGCAUUAAUAACGAAACAUUUUUGUAUGGGAUUUGAAUCUUUCGGACACCGUGUUGCACCCAGACAAUCUGCCCUCUCCAUCCCCAAAAGGUACUACCUUUGCAAUGUUUUAUUAACUAGCCUUUAGCUCCAUCUAGAGACAAAUUCAGAUACCCAAGAAUAAUUGCAGUCUGAGGUAUCAGUUGUAUUGCCUUUUAUAACAAAUAAUCAGAAACAGGAUAAGCAGACACUUAAAACAAAAUUUAAUCUCAUAGAAACUCACAUUGAGCUCAAUAUUUUAUCAAAAUAUACAAAAAUAAUUGUGAUAUACUGAAUAUGAUACACAAGCUAUGUAUUCUCUAUGACAUUUGCAACUUUGUCACAUAAAAAAAAACGUUUUCUGAAUUGUUACUUGAGGAGACGUACAGCAGUGAAUAAUUAUGGCUCCAAAGGUUUUUUGGGUGGGUUCUCUUCCUUCCUCUGUCUGAUAGAGGGUAGAACACAGUAUCUGUUCAGUGUGGAAGGAGUGGGGGGAAUGAGGGAUGGGCUCGGUGGGGAUGGAAAACACAGCUUUGGCUGCUUGUUGUCCCUGACUUGCAUGUACUGCCAACCGCUUGGAGGUAGUGAUUCUGGACUAGUGGAAGGUUGGAGUUUGAACCCAUGACUCUGUCCACUGCUGCUCCCAGAGGUCAGAACUGGCUGGAUGAAUGGGGGCUCUACUACACACGCCUGAUGAUUGGGUGAUCUAAAAGAUGCUGCUACUGGCAUCGCUGCUGCUGAUGAUUUUUUUGGACUGCAGGCUGGCUGCACCAGCUGGGAGAGAGGUGUACACCAUGCCCCAGAGUGCACUGCAAGCCCUAUCUGACAGGGGUACGGUGGUGCUGGAGGCGGCCCUGGCCAGUGCUCUGUCGGCCCUGGAGCAGGCAGUAUCGGAUCGCAGCCGGGCCGAGUCGGGCUGCAGGGGCUGUGUGCCCUGCCUCUUUCAGGACUGCGGACAGCGCUCGGGGCCCUGCGGUCAUUCCCCCGACGCGUACGCCACCGAGCCAAGCUGUGAGGUCAUCAGCCAGACGCAGAGGCUGCUGGACGAGAGGGAGCGCAACUGGGCAUUGAGCCAAGCAUGCGGGUUCUACCGGCGGCGCUGCCCAGCGACGGAGCUGGGGAAGGAGAGCUGCAUUCGGGUGAUGGGGGAGAGCUGCAGUGCCCGCGUCCUGCAGUGUAGUCUACUCAACACCAUGAACAACCUGGAGCCCGCCCCACAAACCAAAAUACAAGCUGUCUGUGGUCAGCGGGUCCCAGCGGUGCAGAACCUCACUCAGCCUCGAUCCAGGAUUGUGGGGGGAUCUCUGGCCCCUCCAGGAAGCUGGCCCUGGUUGGUCAACCUGCGGUUGGACGGUGGGAUGAUGUGUGGAGCCGUGCUGGUGGACAGCUCCUGGGUGGUGACAGCUGCCCACUGCUUCUCUGGAAGCCGAAGUGAGAAUUAUUGGACAGCAGUGGUGGGGGAGUUUGACAUCACAAAGACUGACCCGGAGGAGCAAGUCAUGAGGGUGAAUCGCAUUAUUACUCAUCCCAAGUUUAAUCCAAAGACCUUCAACAAUGACAUUGCUCUGGUGGAACUGACCUCCCCAGUGGUGCUCUCUGACCGUGUCUCCCCAGUCUGCGUGCCCUCUGGGCAGGAGCCCCCUGUGGGGACCCCUUGUUUGGUGGCUGGGUGGGGCUCAAUGUAUGAAGAUGGGCCGCCUGCAAACACAGUGAUGGAAGCCAAGGUUCCCCUCCUCCCCCAAAACACCUGUAAGAACGCACUUGGGAAGGACCUGGUCACCAAUACAAUGUUCUGUGCUGGCUACCUGUCAGGGGGCAUCGACUCCUGUCAGGGUGAUUCUGGGGGUCCCCUGAUCUACCCGGACCGAAUUUCAGGGCGCUUUCACUUGUAUGGCAUCACGUCUUGGGGCGACGGGUGCGGAGAGAAAGGGAAACCUGGGGUGUACACUAGGGUCACUGCCUUCUCAGACUGGAUCUUGGCUGAGAUUCAGAAAUCCUCUGGUAGUCGGGAACCGACAUGUCCGGAGUUGCUGAAGACAUCUGAACUAUCUGAGGAGCAGCAGAGGUCAGAGUUCAGGUCUCUCUGCCGCUUCUACACCCUCACUUGUCCCCAUUCUCAGGGUGCUGCUGCUUGCAUCAGGAUGACUGAGGACAAGUGCUAUAACCGCUACAAGAAAUGCCAACUGCACUCCUUCCUGCAAACACUACUUGAUCUCCUGCAGCGUGCCGAGGACUACAUCAGGGACAAGGUGGACCUAACAUUUUUCACGCAAACACUGCCCCAGCUGGUGGAGCACAUUUACAGCACCGCCUUCCCAGGCCGGGAGCGCCGCCAGGCUCCGGCACAAACAGAACAGGUAGGAGUGACCGCUGCACCAGAAGAAGUGGGUCUUCACUCACCCCCUCUGUUUGAAGAGGUUGGACCCCUUGUGAAUGAUUGGGCUAAUUACCUGAGAGGUAUUGCAGAAGUUCUGAACCACAAUCCCACUAGCCAAGGUCAUCAGCUACUACUUCAGGAGAAGAAGCUUUUCCUCCAGGGAGAGGAUGGCACUCUUCACCAGCUGGAAGGAGAAUAUCGCUCUCUGAUCAAUCAGCUCCGCUCCAGGUUGGGCCCUGCAGUCGCCCUUGCUAACGUGAGCGCAGAUCCCACAGUUCAACAAGACAGAGACAUUUCUUCUUCUGCUGGGGCUGAAAGGGCAAUGCCAUCCCAUACCUCCGCUCAAUCCCAGGGAACGAUUUCUACAUCCAUUGUUCAUGCUGCCCAGGAAUUCGGAGAACAAACUACAAAGACCCCCUCAGAAAUUCCAGCUACGGAUGCGUCUUGGGAUAGGACUAUGGCGCAUAGUCAAAAAGUGUCAUGGCUGAAUCCACCGUUGUCAUCUGGUUCAGCUCCUCACAUGGACACCCCUGAUACCAGUGAGCCAAUGACUUCUGACCCUACACAGAUGCCUCAACUUGUUGCUCCCACGCUUUACCCUUUCAACAAAAAUCCUGCACCCAGAAGACAAACAGUUCAACGAAGACGCAGAGGUCUGCACAAGAGGCAGCUGUCUGGGGUGAACAACAAAGUGUGCCCAGGGGUUGUGGAGUCAACGCAGCAAGUCAGUGUGAUCAGACAGUCAUACCGCUGGGUACUGGCAAUCCCAAGCAAAAACCUCAGCAUGAAUUUCCAAGAGGUGCUGGUGGAUCUGGCCUCCAAGAAUGAGCGAGGCCUAUAUGAGGCACGGAUCCGAGCCAUGGUCGCAGGCCGGCCCCUUACCUUCUACAGCCUCGUGGGAUUGGAGAGCGAGGCGUUCUACCGAAGCAUGCCCCGUGUCAUUGCCAUGGCACUGGACACAUUUAAGGCAUGAAUGAGCCGAAAAGGAAUGCAAACCACAGUAUUUCGGACAGAUAUCAAUGGGGGCAUUCUGUCUUCUCCAGAGGACAGGUCUGACAGCACAUCUGAAAGUACUGCUGAUUUUACACAAGUGCAGAAGAGACAAUACAGAUUUUUACACAAUCUUGAUGAAUUUCUGGCUUGCUGCUGGACACAGGAAAGAAUAUAUAGCACCCAUAUUGGAAGUGAAAUCUGGCCAAAUACUUCUCGCAACGUGUCCAUCAAUAAAUGUGUGUUAGACAUUUUUUGCCUUCUUGCUUAUCACGCUGUUCUCCCAGACCUCUCCCUGAGACCUGCAGUGUGGAAUGUAGCUGACGUUUUUGCAGACAUUUUUUUGACAGUUUAAGAGACAAGGUUCUUCUGAGUUGUCCGAGUGCCCUGUCACAGACUGUCAAGCAUAUUCAUCAAAAUUCUAACUCUGAAAUGUUCUGAACUCAUGUCAGUUGAAUGUAGAGGGAAUGGCUGAAGAUAACCAAUUUUUAAAACAAAACCAGGUCAAAACCUAGUAUAUGGCUAGACCGGCCAACCAAUGGUGUAACUUUAUAACUCGGCUGACCAAUGGUGUAACUUCAUCACUCAGUCACAGACAUCCGCGUUUAUAGGGCUGGUCCAGCCAAAAAUUUCUACAAUGGGUCGCUUCACCCAGCUGGUAUAACUCCCUCAGACCUAACUUAUGAGCCUGUUUGUGUGGAUAUUUGUCAAAUAAGUUAUUCAAAAUGGCUGAUUUUGCAAUGGUUAAACCUCUUGUGAAAAAAGCUAAAUGUAAAAAUAUGGUAAUUUUCAUGAUGGAGAUAUUUAUUUGUAUAUAGAAAUGUAUUUUUGUAAUAAAAAUAUAUAAACAAUA